CGGGAGAGUGAAGAAGCGGAUAUUGAGCAUCCUCAGAUAACACUGAAACGAGACCAAGACAAUGGAUCGUUGUUAAAGACUAUUCCAGUGAAUGACAUUAGCACGUCACGAGCAUGUACUCCGAGGAGUGGAGCAGGAAUCGGCAGGGGAGAGAGAGGGCUGUGAUCACCAAUUUCAGCUUCAGCCAGCAGUCAGAGGAAGAGAGGACAGAGACAACAAAACCUCACCGUGCUCAUGGCUCUGAGGAAUCUGUUCCUGAUGACCGGCAUCAUGGCAUCUACUUUGCCAUGUUAUUGGCUGGUGUCGGCUUCCUACUGCCAUACAAUAGCUUUAUCACAGAUGUGGACUACCUCCACCGCAAAUUCACAGGCACCUCCAUUGUGUUCGACAUGAGUUUGACAUAUAUAUUGGUGGCUCUUGGUGCUGUCAUUGUGAACAACAUACUAGUAGAGAGAGUGAGCUUACACACUCGCAUCUGUGUAGGAUAUCUCUUCGCAUUGGGACCUCUGGUGUUUGUGAGCGUUUGUGACAUUUGGUUGGAGCUGUUUGACACUCAGCAGUCCUAUGCUCUUACUCUGGUCGCAGUUGCCAUUGUUGCAUUUGGAUGCACAGUGCAGCAGUCCAGUUUCUAUGGUUACACAGGGAUGCUGCCCAAGAAGUACACACAGGGCAUGAUGACUGGAGAGAGCACUGCAGGAGUUAUCGUCUCUCUGAGUCGUAUUUUUACAAAGCUGUUGGUGGAGAACGAGAAGAGCAACACCAUCAUCUUCUUCCUGUUCUCUAUCUCAAUAGAGACGCUCUGUUUUCUGUUACAUGUGGUGGUGCGGCGAACCCACUUUGUCCGUUAUCACACCGACCGAGCUCGCCACACCUGGUUCAAAGGACAGAUUAAUCAUGUUUCAACCCAAAAGCACAGCGACUAUCAGAUAUAUUAUGACAGCAGUGCAGAAGAAGAGGAUGGAAUGGCAUUAAGCGCAGUUGAUGAGGCUGAUGCAGUUAAUCUGAGUACCAGUUCCAGUGGAGAUGGAAUAUAUGUCAGAUUUGAUGUCCCUAAACCAGACACCAGAAGGACAUGGAUCAGUGUCAAGGAGCUGCUGGGUCGGAGGUGUGCUGUUGCCAGAUUGAUCUGGCCCUAUAUGCUGUCAAUCUCAAUUACAUAUUUUGUUACAAUGUGCCUGUUUCCUGGUUUGGAGUCAGAGUUACAUAACGAUACACUGGGCGAGUGGCUGCCUAUUCUCACCAUGGCUCUGUUCAACAUAGCAGACUUUGUGGGCAAGAUCUUGGCAGCUUGUCCUUAUGAGUGUGGUGGUGUGCAACUGCUGGUGUGCUCCUGUUUGCGUGUUCUCUUCCUGCCCUUGUUUGUGAUGUGUGUGUCACCUGUGCAACACCCCCUGCUGAUUCACCCCAUCUGGCCCUGCUGCCUGUCUUUGCUGCUGGGCGUCAGUAAUGGAUACCUGGGCUCAGUGCCAAUGAUACAGGCAGCUGGCAAAGUGCAACUGCAACAGCGAGAAGUAGCGGGGAACACCAUGACUGUAUCUUACAUGGCUGGACUGAUGCUCGGGUCUGCAGUGUCCUACUCAACGUAUAGUCUGACCUCACAGGCACACUCUACUCACACUCUCAAACUCAACAGCACACUCACAUUACAGAGCUAUAUGCCUGGACACUGAGUGUUCUCUCAUACACUCUUGCACAAAUAUUUAGUUGACAAUUAUGUUCGGAAAAAUACCAGCAGACCAGAAUUUCCAUGCUGGUCCAGGCUGGUUUAUGCUAGUUUGGUGCUCAUCUUGCUCGUGGACCAGCAUGGUCUUUCUGGUGUAACUGGUUGACAAGGAAGUAUUGCUGUUUAAAGUCCCCAUGAAAUCUUCUUUCCUGUUUUGACAUAUUUCCCAGGGAUGUGCAUGAUUACCAUUUGUAGUAUUUUGAUAACUGCAAGGGUUCAUAAACGGUUAUUCAUUCAUUUGUUGUGUGUCCGAAAUAAAGAAUAUUGAUUGCAAUAGAUAGGCUAUGUGUCAAAAAAUACUCACAGUGAGCUAUAAGUUUAAAUAACACAAUACAAAGAUCUUUAAAUGAUCAAAUUAAAGUAAAACAAAAUGUAACUAUCAGUGACUGUAACAUAAUAUUCUUAACCAAUGGAAAAUACGUAUUUUAUGCGCCAAACCUAAUAUGUGGUUUACAGGGUCACAUUUCUGUGAGACAGCGAACGCUAGUAUUGUCAUGAGAGUAGAGUUAUACUGCUGCAAUUUAGAAGUCUCUUCGGUAUGCUUUCAUAUUUAAAUGGUUUAGCAUUACACUUGUUGAAUUAUUGUAAGUAUGCAUGCCAGAACAAAGGAGAAAAAACACUGCAGUGUUUCCCCUUUAUGCAUUUUGCAGCGGCACUGCACCUCUGCUGAAUUAUGAGCGCCACUGUUGGGAUUUCACAUGGUUCAUUUAAUAUUCUUGAUGCAACAUAACGCGUGCCAGCCCCAGUCAGCUGUGUGCUUUCUACACUUCGAAAGGGACCCCACCACACACACAAAUACACGCACUUACUCACAGUGACGUCACCGCAUAACAACACAUGUCAAACUCUCUUCAUUUCAUGUGGCCCAUAAGCUCAUUUCUGAAACGUAGGAUGACAGGGGAUCGCAACAUUUCACUGAACAAUCAAUUAGCGCUUUCCUCAUGAAUAUUAAUGAGCCUUCCCCUGAAAACUUUUCUAAAUGUAUUUAGACUGCUGUUUUUUCAUUACAAAAAUGCCAUAGUUCUUCAUAUAGAAACCAUAGUUACUAAUCACAGUAGUGUGGAGCCAUGUGUGGUUUUACCUAUGCCAUGAACUAUUACAAAUAUCAUUCUUAAACUAUGGAUACUAUGAAAGAACUAUGGUGCAUUGUCAUAAUUAUGGACCAAGCUAUCAGUUUUCCAUCUGUUUUCUUGUAAUGCUCUCUGAUUAUAGGAAAAUGUAAGUUGUUUUGUUUGCCUUCUUAAAUUCAAAGAUGUGACUGUAGUUUAGUUAGUAGGACCCUGAUGAAAGGAAUCUGUAAAGAAGACUCAACUUGGUCACACUGUCAGAAUAUUUCAAUUUAGCCAUAUAAAAAUUAGGUGUUAAUUUUUCUCCACAGAUGUUUCUGUUGUUAAUAUAAUAAUUUUCAUCUGCAUCCCAACCUCAAAAUCAAUGCUGAACUGUCAAAUGUGCAUUUCAAUGCACAUAACAUAUAAUAUUAUUUGUGUGGGUGCUACCAAAGCAGGUGCUGGUACCACAUUUUCAAAGGGCCCUUUGAGGGCACAUAUAAACCUUGAUGUGGCCCUGGCUGAAAUUGAGUUUGACACCCCUGUUUUAAUCUAUUCUUUGACCAACACGCAUUAAUAUGGGUCCGGUAUUGUGGGCUUGUGAACGUGCGCACAACAGCACCGCUGCUGAAAAAAAUCCUUGGGGAAACACUGCACUGGUUUACCAUUUAUCAAGCGCUGAAACAUUGCCGGGUGAAUCAUGUGUGAACAGUGUAACAGUCACACGAAGUCCUCUUGAAGUUUGAACUUCUUCAGAACGUUGAGUCUUUGUGAAACCUGUGCUAGCUACAAGACACAGUGAAAAACAUGUGAAACAGUGAAACAGAAUGCAGGUGUCUCAAGAUGUGUUUUAUAAGGAUUAUAAAUGUGUUUAUAUUAAGUUCUUUUUAACUUAAACACUGUCUAAAAAAUUUGCCGGUCCUGCAUGAGAUGCUGAAAAAAAAAACAGCAAGAUGUGGCGCAAUGGUCAAAGACAUCAAUCAUACGCUUGUUUACAUAGAAAAACAAUUGAAAAACAGCACAGACGCAUAAACACGUGUGAACAGCCCCUAACUCGUCCUAUACUUACCGAACCCAACCGAAAUCCGGGUUGCAGAACUCUGUUACACGUAUAGAAUAACCAAAUUGUGAUUUUAGUAUUUCGAACAGAGGCAUGUCGAAUGGUUAACCAAGUAACGACUAUCCGUGCACAUUGCUACUUUUUCCUAUUGAAACAGAAAGUUUGGGCGGAACAUAUCCAAAAGCCUUUAUGACACAGCUGUGAACCAUGAUUUUCUACAUUCACAACAUAUGAUGGUGACCAGCUGAUUUCUUCAGAAGGGAUGUUGGCUCAAAUAAUUAAUUUGAGUAGCAUAUGACUAUCUGGAAAACCAUUGAACCAUCAGUCAAAUUGAUUUAUGACUGUGCCUGUCAAAUUUAAAGUAAUAUUCUGGGUUCAAUACAAGUUAAGGUCAAUCAGCAGUAUUUGUGGCACUCAUCCCUCCUUUUCUUUAAAAAGAGCAAAAAUGGAGGUUCCAGUGAGGCACUUACAAUGGAAGUGUACGGGGCCAAUUUUUGGAGGGUUUAAAGGCAGAAAUGUGAAGCUUAUAAUUUUAUAAAAGGACUAACAUUAAUUCUUCUGCUAAAACUCAUGUAUUAUUUGAGCUGUAAAGUUGUUUAGAUCGUCAUUUAUACAGUCGUUUUAGGUUUUGUUGACAUUACAUCGUCACGGCAACGAAGUUGUAAAAUUGGCUAUAACUUUACACAGAAAAGGUUACCUCGAUUUUUGCAUUUUUUUUUUAAGCAAAGGAGGGACGAGUCAAAAUUAUUAUUUUUUUUGUAAUCAAUAUUAUGUCACAAAUGCUGUUGAUGCUGUUGAGCUUAACUUGCAUUGAAACCGGAAUAUUCCUUUAAAUUUACAGCCACCUGUCAUGUGUGAUUUAAGAUAGUAUGACACAUACCAUAGUCCCUGUCAUGACUCUAAUUUACAAUUGGGUGAUGUUGUCGUGUUGGUGUUGUGUUUUAAUUUAGUCACCACUUCCAUCUGUUUUAAUUUCCUAGAAGUAUUUAAAAAAAAAAAAAGGUUUGGAAAGGGGUAGUUUCACUAUUUCCACACUGUAAAUUUUUUUUUAA